AUGUCUAGCGCGUCUCCACAACAACAACAACAGCAACAGCAACAACAAAGUCAGCCAGGAUCUUCCACAGUAUCACAGAAACAAAAGUCGAGUGAUCCUUUUGCUACUAAUGUGGAGAAUUUAUACUUGGAGAGUUAUGCAUUCACAACAGCAGCCGCAAUAGUUGGCUCAGUAGAUCGCAAGAUCUUUGUGCUAUUACGUGAUGGACGCAAUUUGUUUGGUAUUUUGCGAACAUUCGAUCAAUUUGCCAAUUUGGUGCUACAGGACACUUUUGAACGGAUAUACCUAGAUGGAGAUGAAAACGAUGGACAGCCGAAACAGUUUGGCGAGGAAUACAGAGGGGUGUUUAUGGUACGUGGUGAGAAUGUCGUGAUGAUGGGAGAGUUGGAUAUUGAUACAGAAGAUGGCCAUUUAGAGAAAUUACAGCAAAUUCCAUUUGAAGAAGCCGAAAAGGGGUUGAAGCUCAAACACGAACAAAAAGUGAAACAAGAGAAACGAAGGACAAAGACAUUGUUGAAGCAGGGUUUGGUAAAUGACUUUUAUAAAUCUGAUUUGUACUAA